AUGUGGAAAUUUGUUCUUCUCAUUUUUUCCAUUUGCGUUACCGUUUGCUGUGGCUCUGAUUUGCAGGAGAAAUGGGGCAGUCUCUGGCAAUUCCAAGGCGUGUCUACGUUUGCUCACUUGGACCACUUCCAGUGUCUAGUUGAGCCAAACCAGACUUUUGACGUGGCGUUGAUUGGCGUGCCGUUCGACACAGCUGUCUCCUACAGGCCAGGCGCAAGAUUUGGUCCUCGCGCAAUCAGGGAUGCCUCGCAACGUCAAUAUGGACUACGUGGAUUCAAUCACCGGGCCUUGUUCAACCCUUACAAGAGCUGGGCGAGAGUUGUCGAUUGUGGAGAUAUACCGGUGACGCCGAUGGAUAACCACUUGGCAUUCACGCAGAUGGAUCUAGCUUUCGAGGAGUUGCUAUCGAGAUCUUCGUCCAAUGACACGCGAGUUCCGCCCCGAUUCGUUGCCCUUGGUGGAGACCAUUCGGUGUUGUUGCCUCACAUUCGAGCCUUGAAGAAAAUCUACGGGCCAUUGAAUAUUUUGCACUUUGAUGCUCACUUGGACACGUGGAGUCCCGACAAGUACCCUUCGUAUUGGAAAUCCGAUCAGAACGACUUGAGCCAUGGUUCGAUGCUCUGGGUCGCCAAUAAAGAAGGAUUGACCACCAAGAAUAAUGUGCACGCUGGCAUCCGCACCAAGCUUGCUGGGAUUGAAGAUUACCAAGAUGACGAUUCUCAAAACUGGUUGCGAAUUGAAGCAGACGACAUCUGGUUGAAAGGGCCGCAGUAUGUGGUGGACCAGAUCUUGAAAACGAUCCCCAAGGACACUCCAACGUAUCUUUCUGUUGACGUUGACGUUUUAGACCCAGGCUUCACCCCAGGCACAGGAACGCAAGAAGCCGGUGGAUGGAUGCCUAGGGAGUUGUUUCACAUUUUGCGUCAAGUGGAUGAAUUGACCAUUGUAGGUGCCGAUGUUGUAGAAGUGGCCCCUGCAUACGACAUUGCUGAAAUCACGUCGACCAACGGUGCCCAAAUUGCGUUUGAGCUCAUCACGAGCAUGGUUAAGAAGGGAAACAUUGAUUCAAGCUUGGUUGACCGUAAAGUACAAGUCUACUAG